AUGGCAAAUGUGGCAUUAAGUGAAGCUGAAAAAACCUUCAUACUACAUGGAGUGGAGGAGGAUUUUCGUUGUGAUGGUCGUUCCCGUCGUGAUUAUCGUCCAAUGGAAUUGGAAUGUGAAAUUGUAAAUAACGCCAGUGGAUCGGCCAGAUUGCGUUUGGCCAACACAGAUAUUUUGGUAGGAGUUAAAUGUGAAAUUGAUACACCGACCUCGUUACAUCCCGAUCAGGGAAAAAUUGAGUUUUUCGUUGAUUGUUCAGCCAAUGCCACACCCGAAUUCGAGGGCAGAGGUGGUGAAGAAUUAGCCCUAGAACUUGCGGACACCUUAACAAAUGCCUAUGAGUCUCCGUCGGCCUUUGACCUUAAAUCCUUAUGUAUACUGCCGGGACAACAUUGUUGGAAACUUUAUGUGGAUAUUUUGAUUUUAGAAUGUGGUGGAAAUCUAUUCGAUGCCGUCUCGUUGGCAUCCAAGGCCGCCAUCUUUAAUACAAGAAUACCUAAAGUUACAGCUGCUGUCAUGGAUGCUGGAGAGGCUGAACUGCUUAUAUCAGAUGAUCCAUAUAAUUGUACACGUAUACAUAUUGAUAAUAUACCCAUAUUGGUAACCGUCUGUAAAAUUGGAGAUUGUUGUGUCGUAGAUCCCUCAGCGGAAGAAGAACAAUGUAGUACAGCAAGUUUGGUGGUUGGCGUUUCGAAAAGAAAUAAUAAAUGUUAUGUCUCCCAUACACACACCGUUGGCGGUGGAUCGUUACACAAAGAUACCAUGUAUAAAUGUUUAACAUUGGGCGUUACAGCUGGCGAGACCCUCAAUGAUGCCUUGGAGAAAGCUCUACGACUGGAGGAAUCCCGUGUUGGUGACAAAAGAAAAGAAACUGUGGGAUUUUUAAAAUAA